AUGUCGCCCAGUGGCCCAGCGGCCCAGCCAGCAUGCCCUGUCGCCUCGUCCCUAGGCCCAAACCUCAACCCCUACCUGCGCUCGGUGGUCCAGCUUGGAGAACAGCUAGGCCGGCUUGCUGGGCUUCUCCGGGGCCAAGACUGCGACUCUGGCUGGUCUGGCCGGUAUGUAUUGGCAUCUGCAUUCUACGCGGGUAGCCAUGGCCUGGUGUGCUCUCGUCUGGUCUGGUUCUACCCCAAGACGGGGAAACGUGAGAUUUCGAUGCUCGGCGCUGGCGCAGUCUGUCUGGAUUCUGCGCGUUCUCGAACGUUGUUGAAUGACCGCUCGCAGCUGUUCUCGAUUCGUUGUCCUCCAUCUGGGUCGGCGGAGAAUAACCUCGACAGACUAAGACGGCGUAUCCACGUUGUAUUCUCGACAUCCAGGCACGCGCUGCCGACGGAUAUCCACCGUUCACCGCACCUCGCAUGCAUACAGAGAGGGUCUCCCGAUGUUCGCGGGAAAUACCACUAUACGGAUACACUACGGCGGUAUCCGUACGUUCGCUCGCCUGAGGUUCUGUCCACCGCCCAGUGUCGGCCUCGACAAACAUGGGCCCUAGGUCCUCGAAUGACAGGACCGUUCCAUGCUGAGCUGGUCGUCGCUAGGUAG